UCGAUAGCUGAGGCCGAAAUAUCAACAACACGAACACAUGUUAAAUUGUUUUUGGCGUUCUAAAGAUUAGAUUUAGUUGUUUACUAAGGACUGCUUGGUUUUUCUCCUCAUGGUCGUAGGCGUGUGAUGAAAAGGGUAGCCGAAAUGGACCAACUUACGUAUCAAACAGCUGUGAAGAAGGCCCAACUGGUCGAGAGGAACCCCCAAUUGCAGUUGGAUCCCAUGCGCGUUUCCAUGCACCAGGAGGAGGACAUCAUAGCCCUGGCCCAACAGAUCCAAAAUGCAGACAAACAAUUGAAAAACACUACCUGCCACAAGCUGGGGGUCAUAAUGGAGCAGAUCAAGAUGCUUCAGGCCCAGGCCAUGGAUAUACUGAAAGAGUCCGGUCUCAACCAAGAGCUCCACAGUGCGGCCUGCAACUUCACCAAAAAACCCGGUCAAAUCUAUCAUCUUUAUCAAAGGGCAUCGGGUCAAAACUAUUUCAGCAUGCUUUCACCGGAAGAAUGGAAUCUGUCGGUUGACCAGACCUUCAAAGGCAGCUAUAGGUUGGAAUUCGACUUGAGCUGGACUCCAGUGGACAAGAUUAAGGAGCAAGAUGAGAAACUAAAGUGGGCAGAGCAGUGUAUGCAAAGGGCUUUGGACAGUGGGCGCGGUUCGGCUAUGGCCAUUGACUUUAAUAUAAAUAAUAGUUAAAAUAAUAGAUUUCAAAUGAGUAUGUAUUUUUCGGUUUCCUCAAAAACCAAAUAGGACGAUAAAAGUCCGUUUUAAUAAAAACACUACCUUUUCAGGAA